AUCAAAGAUCAUGGAUACCUCAGAGCUCAAAAUUCUCGUUUCAACCAUUCUUUCCCUCUUCAUUAGUGCUUCCAUUUUGUACUUCUUAAAGAAAAAACACACUACCAACAAAAAGAAACAAUGCAGUGCCCCUCAAGCAAGGGGUGCAUGGCCUAUUAUUGGCCAUCUUCACCUCUUUGGAAGCCAUCAACUCACACACAGAACACUUGGUGCUAUGGCUGAAGAACAUGGACCAAUCUUCACUAUUAAACUUGGUUCAUACAAAGUUCUUGUGUUGAGUAGCUGUGAGAUGGUGAAGGAAUGUUUCACCAUCCAUGACAAAGCAUUCUCCACAAGACCUUGUGUUGCAGCCUCAAAGCUAAUGGGAUAUGACUGUGCCAUGUUUGGUUUCACUCCUUAUGGACCUUACUGGCGUGAGAUUAGGAAGCUAACUACUCUUCAGCUUCUUUCAAACCAUAGACUUGAACUCCUCAAGAAAACAAGAGAAACUGAGUUGGAUUCUGCAAUAAGGAAGCUUUACAAGAUAGAAGGAGGGGUUUUUGUUGAUAUGAAGGAGUGGUUUGGCGAUUUGACACACAAUGUUUCUUUGAGAAUGGUGGGAGGAAGGCCAUACUAUGGGGAAAGUGGUGAUGGCUAUGAAGAAAGUGAAGAAGCAAGGAGGUAUAAGAAGGCUAUGAGAGAGUGUGUGCGUUUGUUUGGGGUGUUUGUGUUGUCUGAUGCAAUUCCAUCUCUUGGCUGGUUAGAUUUCAAUGGACAUGAGAAGGCUAUGAAGAAAACAGCUAGUGAAAUGGAUACCCUGGUGAAAGGGUGGCUUGAUGAACACAAAAGGAAAAGAGCUUCCAAUAAGGAAGAGCAGGAUUUCAUGGAUGUCAUGCUUAAUACUCUGCAGAAUGCUCAUAUUUUUGGUUAUAGUGCUGAUACCAUCAUCAAGGCUACUUGUUUGAAUCUGAUACUAGCAGGAAGUGAUGCUACCAUGGUUACUCUAACAUGGGCGUUAUCUCUGCUACUCAACAACAAAACAGAACUGAAAAGGGUGCAAGAAGAGAUCAACAUUCACAUCGGGAACGAAAGGAAGGUAGAAGAAUCAGACAUAAGCAAGUUAGAGUACUUGCAAGCCGUAGUGAAAGAAACUCUAAGACUAUAUCCACCAAGUCCCAUCAUAACCUUUCGUGCAGCCAUGGAAGACUGCACUUUCUCAUGCGGAUAUCACAUCCCUGCAGGCACACACCUAAUGGUGAAUGCAUGGAAGAUCCACAGGGAUGGUGAUGUAUGGGAAGAUCCACAGGAUUUCAAGCCCCAAAGGUUCUUGACAACACACAAGCAUGUUGAUGUGAGAGGUCAGAACUUUGAGCUUGUGCCUUUCAGUUCUGGAAGGAGGGCUUGCCCUGGUGCCUCCCUGGCUCUGCGCGUCGUGCAUCUAACGCUAGCUAGGUUGUUACAGUCUUUUGAAAUCGAUUCUCCUUCGGAUGAAGCUGUAGACAUGACAGAGAGCUUUGGCCUCACCAAUUUGAAAGCCACCCCACUUCAAGUUCUCCUAACACCACGUCUACACCCCAAGCUUUAUGAAUUAUGAAUUCUGAGAGCCUUUGGAAUGUGAUAGGUUUUCAAUCUUUAAAUGCUUUACUUGUUUAAUCAUUACUGGUGUAGCAACUACAAGCUGUUGCAAUAAAAUAAUCUGUAAGUUGUUGCAAUAAAUUGAGAUGCUAGUGGAAGUUGGCGAAAGAAAACAUAAAUGACACCUUAAACAAGCAAACAUGUAAAAGCACGCUGCUAAGCAUUUACAAAGUUCAUGCUUCUUCUGCAGCAAAGAGUUGACGGAGCGGCGUUGGAUUCAACCAAAAAGAAACUGACAAGAAACAAUGUUUGUUAGAGUAGAGGAUGGUUGUACUUUCACUCAUGUUGUAAAAGUAAAACAAAUCACAAUGAAGUCUCACAUUGGGUAAGGCCAAGAAGAGAGAACUAAGGUGUCAAUAUAAAAUAAACAUAUCAACACAUGUCAAGGCAUACCUUUCUCGGCCUUUUGGCUAAGAUCAAGUGUAGUAUCUGUUCUUAUCAGUUUAAUAUCUGAUAUGUGAGCCAAUGGCUCACACGAUAUUAAAUUAAUUUAUUGAGGGUGAGAAGCCACCUCAAUAGCUUGCUAUUGGGCUUCUUCUGCGUCGCCCUUUGUGUUGCACUAUUGCAAGGGCCUGGCGCAACCCACCAAUUUAGUUUGAAGAUUUGUGGUCUCUUGUUCCUAGGACUCUAAGAUUUGUGGUCAAGGCGCAACCCACCAAUUUAGUAUGGCGCGAGGGUGGGGUGGUAAUCUUUUUGGGGGUUUGAAGGUUCCUGUUUUCUGGACAUCUAAGUAAGGUGCGUUUUUGGGGUUGGGUUUAAUUUUGAAAGAAACCACGUCGUUGGCGCCAUGCUUUACGAGGACGGUCUAGGUUAUAAGUCAAAAGAGCCUUUCAUUUUGUAGAUUACUUGAUUAAUGGUGCCGAACUGUAAUAAGAUAGCUGCUGCGUUUUGUUGUUCUUGCAAGUGAUUCCGUACCAAUGGUUCACU